CCCCGCUGCGGGGGGAGCGCUCGGCGGGGCCGCAUUUAUGGCUCCGUCCCGGCAGACCCCGCCCCGGGCCCGGUGUGGAUACGGGGGCCUUUGAGUGUGCGGCAGCCGCUCGGUACCGCUGCAGGGUCCUGACCCGGCUGUAACCCGGAGCCCGCCGGUCUGCGGUGCGGUCUGUGGUGCGGGCCUGACCGGAGGGCCCCGCGGGGCAGAGCCGUGCAGCAGCAUGAGCAGUUCCCUCAAAGCUUCCACAAUGGGAAGCUUCCUUUCCUUGGAAAGGGGAACUGGAGAUUAUGCAUCUGAGAUGACUCUGCAGGAGCUUGUGAAUCAGGCAGCCAGCCUGUACUCUGACAGGACAGCAGUUUGGUUUGAUGAAUGCAAUGACAAACCUCCAACUUGCUACACAUAUGCAACGGUGGUAAAGCUUGCCAUGGAAUUAACAGUUUUCCUUCAAAAGCACUGUGGUCUGCAAGGAAAAUGUGAAAUAGGCCUUUACUGCUAUCCUGGAAUAAAUUUACCAUCUUGGAUCUUAGGAAUUCUUCAAGUUCCAGCUGCCUAUUGUCCUGUUGAUCCAGAUGCACCACCUCUGUUAUCCUCUUACUUCAUGAAGAAAAGCAAUCUUCAGUUUAUUCUUGUUGAGAAUGACAAGAGAAAUAAAUUCCAGAUGUCUCAUCUUGGUUGGUUUUACCACAAUUCUUCCACAAUAGAACAUAUUGGCUUAACUCUCUUCCAAAAGGGCUUGAGUGAUGCUGAUUUAAAUUCACAAGUGGAUAAUGUGAAAAGUAAAUAUGAGCUUUCCAAGCCUGUGGGUGACUCACAGCCAGGACAUACUAUUUGUCCAGAUCAGACAGAUGUAGAAACAUCAGAAGGGGCAUACAUGGAUUUUCUCCAGAAAUACUCUCUGGCAUAUGUCUUGCAUACAUCAGGAACUACAGGAAUGCCCAAAAUAGUCAGAGUGCCUCAUAAAUGUAUAGUACCAAAUAUUCAGCAUCUAAAAUCCCUAUUUGAGAUCACAGAAGACGAUGUGCUCUUCCUGGCUUCUCCUCUAACAUUUGACCCAUCUGUGGUUGAACUGUUCCUUGCUUUGGCAAGUGGAGCCUCUAUUCUUGUAGUACCAAACACUAUUAAAAUGAUGCCUGUGGAGCUGUCUGCUGCUCUGUUUCACCAUCACCAUGUGACAGUGUUGCAGGCAACUCCAACACUUCUCAGAAGGUUUGGAGCUCACAUUAUUAAAUCAACAGUGCUGUCUGCAAAUACUUCACUCCGUGUCUUAGCCCUGGGUGGUGAAGCAUUUCCCGUACUGAACCUCUUGAAAAGUUGGAAGCACAAGGAAAACAAAACAAGUAUUUUUAAUCUAUAUGGUAUUACUGAAGUGUCAAGCUGGGCCACUUGCUACAAGAUUCCUGAAGAGGUUUUUAGUCCUGAUUAUAGAACUGAUUUCCCUGUACCUCUGGGAUCACCGCUCCUUGGAACAAAAGUUGAGGUCAGAGAUGCCAGCGGUUCUGCAGUUCUGGAAGGCGAGGGACAAAUAUUUAUAGGUGGUGAAGAACGUGUCUGCUUCCUUGAUGAUGAAAUAGCUGUACCUGUGGGUACAAUGAGAGAAACAGGGGAUUUUGCAAGAGUGCAGAAUGCAAAGUUGUUCUUCUUGGGUCGGAAGGACAAUCAGAUUAAACGGCACGGCAAGCGUUUUAAUAUUGAAUGCUUGCAGCAGGCUGCAGAAGAUCUUUGUCAGGUGGAAGCUUGUGCAGUGACCUGGUAUCAGCAAGAAAAACUUAUCCUGUUUGUUGUACCCAAAGAUGACUUUGAAGAGAGAGAAACACUUAAAGAACUCCAGAAAUGUCUACCAGCUCAUGCAGUUCCUGAUGAGCUUGUACUCAUUAAAGCUUUGCCUUUAACAUCACAUGGCAAAGUUGAUAUAUCUGAACUGAACAAGAUUUACCAGAACCAUCUAAACUCCAGGAGGCGUGACAGUAAACUGAGUGGAGCAGAGGAAUUGUGGGAAAGAUUGCAGUAUUUAUGGAAGUCUGUUUUGGGCCUCCUGGGUGAUUCCCCUGGAAUUCCUAAAGAUGCAGUAUUUCUGUACAGUGGUGGAGACUCCUUAAAGGCUCUACGAUUUUAUGAUGAAAUUGAGAUGUUAGUAGGCAGAGCUGUGCCUGGACUCCUUGAAGUUAUUCUCAGCUGCUCAAUUGAAGAUGUUUAUAGACAUAUUCUUAAAAUUCUGUUUCCAGAUAAAGGCCAAUUAAUGAAUCACGGUAAUGUUCUGAAAAGAAAAUUAAGUGGGAACAGCGGAGAGGACUUCCAGGGAAAAUAUAUUAAACAGAAAUCUGAAGGAGGUCCCGAGGUCACUUCAGAACUAAUUUCAUUUAUUGCACUAAGCAGAGGAAAUAUUAUUUUCCCCAUGAAUUUCACCAAGUCUUUUCUGCACCCCAGUAAUACAGUACAGGUAGGAGUGGAACUGCUGCAGCAACCAACUUUUCUGCAUUUUAAUACUCCAUGUAUAAUGAAAAGCCCCAUGGAAGGGUAUGAAAUGGAGAACAAGAUUUUAACAGUUACGAGCAUGGAAAAUAAAACUGACUGUUGCUCUGUAGAGCAGAUCCAUGCAGGAUGUAGUCAGGUAACAACAGCAGAGUUGGCAUUAUGCAUAAGAUGGAAGUCAAAUACAAGAAAAUGUGUUGAUGCUUCACCAUUGAUUGUUAUACCAUCUAAAGAAGAAGUGUCUGCAUCUGUGUAUGUGGGCUCUCAUUCUCAUGCAAUGCAGGCGAUUGAUCUGGAAUUGGGAGGAAUAAAAUGGGAGAAGAACCUUGGAGAUCGUAUUGAAUCUUCUGCCUGCAUAUCUAAGUGUGGAAAUUUCAUUGUUGUUGGUUGCUAUGAUGGCUUAGUAUAUGUGCUUCAAAGCAGGGAUGGAGAAAUCCACUGGACUUUUGUCACAGAAGAUAGUGUGAAAAGCUCUGCAGUUGUAGACCCUUCCAGUGGACUGGUCUACAUUGGAUCCCAUGACCAACAUGUGUAUGCUUUGGAUAUUUAUGAAAAAGCUUGUAUAUGGAAGUUACAUUGCGAAGGUGGAGCUGUCUUUUCAUCUCCUUGUCUAAGUUCUUCUCCACAUCAUCUUUAUGUUGCUACACUAGGAGGACUAUUACUGGCUGUAAAUCCAGUGAUGGGGAAUAAGAUUUGGAAGAGCUUCCUGGGAAAACCACUUUUCUCAUCUCCUCAUUGCAAUGGGAAAUAUGUUUGUGUUGGGUGUGUGGAUGGAAACUUAUACUGUCACACUCAUUCUGGAGAAAAGGUUUGGCAGUUUCCCACGAAUGGGCCAGUGUUUUCAUCCCCGUGCAUCUCUGGUUUAACCGAGCAAGAAAUAUUUUUUGGCUCCCAUGAUUGUUGUAUCUACUGUUGUAACAUGAAGGGUAAUUUACUGUGGAAAUUCGAAGCCACUUCACGUGUAUAUGGAACACCAUUCAUUUUCCAAAGUGAUGAGUUAAAGAACAAAAUUCUUUUGGCAGCAGUAUCUACAGAUGGCAAAGUGUGGAUCCUAAAUGCCAAGAAUGGAACAGCAGAAGGAGUAGAAAAACUUCCAGGAGAGGUUUUCUCUUCCCCUGUAGUAUGGGGAACAAAGCUUGUUGUUGGCUGCAGAAAUGAUUAUGUUUAUUGCCUAGAUUUGUAUAUAAGAGGAAAAAAGGAGCAGCUAAGAUGUUAGGUUGCUUCCUUUUUAUUGUUUACAUUUGUAAAUUAAGAACUCUUGGGUGCUCUCUCUCUGCCUAUUUUACUGUAGGCAAGAGGUGCUCUUUGAAAAGUUCUCAGGUAGCAUUUUGUGCCAGGCAGUGUCCAGAGCAGGUGAAGUGAUGUUUGCUGACUGGCUGUACUAAUUGAAGGACCAUGGCUGCUCAGCACCCAGACAGAAGGUUCACUGUCCCUCCCUUAUUUCCCAGCUUUGAUUCAGGAAAUAACAUGUUUCAGAUGGUUUGGAUUUGAAUGUUGGGCUUUGACCUGUGUAAAAGGAAAAUGAAAGUCAGUAGUUGGCUUCAGACACAUGCAGGACUGUGAGAAACUGGUGAGGUGCCAUACUCUGCAGCUUGGAGUAAUGUGCUUGUCCAGCCUGUGCCUGCUUCUUUGUGCCCCAGACUGGGGUUUGUGUAGUCUGGCCAGGUUUAUGUGCUGUGGCAAGGUAACCCAAGUUCUUUUUUGAAGAAGUUUGGGGUUUUUUUUUGCUUCAGUUCAGCCAAACAUGCAUUUAACUUGGUUUAAAUCAGUAGGAAGUGGGGAAUAUACUUAUGCCUGUAUAGUUAUUACAUUUCAAUGACAGGCACAGCAUGAGUUCCAAGAUGAAGUGUGCACUGCUUGAAUCAACCAUUGCCAAAUAAUUUUUUUUAGAGAUUUGAAUAAUUUUUUUUUAAUGGAGAAUUAUUAAUAAAGGUUGUAAAUUGG